CUGGGUUCUGUCUGACAGUAGCGUUAGGGCCGGCAUAGUGAAAACACGUGCGAACGGCAUAAAUGUUAGAGACCCGUGGAGUAUCGGAUACGCGAAACGUUUCAUAUUAUAUCGAUAAAAAAAGGCAAAGAACUUGAAUGUAGAAUAGAACAAAGGAAAAUCGAAGCGGAAUAACGGAAGUGUCAAAAAUAUAUUUUUAAUGACGUACGUUUGCCCAGUUGAAGGAAGUAAAAUCAAAAAGUUGUCUUUUGUUCUCAGAGCGAAUGUAUACAAAACAGCAGGGGGGGGGGGAAUGCAAAAUAAAAAUAAACAAAUUUUAUGUGAAAUAAACUCAGCGCGAAUCGGAUUGGAAAUUUGACUCCUUUUUUAAUUUACUCAAACAUCAUACGACGUUUGAGUAUACAUGGCACGUUACAUAAUUUCACUGUGUAUACGUUCGUGACACAUAUGACACGUAUAUUGCAAGUUCAUAACGAGAUUUCAGUGUGCACCACUGGUUUUCUUUGGUUUGAUGUACAGAAAUUAACUGUUGGAAUUAUCCCCCAAAAAAAUGUCUAGAAAUUUUUAAAUCGGUCCAAGGGCGAUUAUUUUUGGUUACUCGUAAAUUUGCCGUUGCUAUUUUGACUCGGUCUGUCCACGUUGUCACGGCAACGAGUCAAGCGACAGUUAAUAAUUAAAAAUAUCAACUAUCAUCAAAUAACGAUAUAGGCUAUUGGUUGAUUCAUACAAAAAAAUAAUCAACAAAAAUGUCAAAAGCACCUGAUUCGAAAUUCCAUACGGAAUUUAUAAAGAAAUGUAGACAGUCAACAACUCGCUAGCGAAUAAUUUUCCAAGACAAAAAUAAAUAGUGAAAGAUUUUCGUAUAUAACCAGCCUACUUGUAGCGAAGCUACCACGUGCUGGAUAGUGGCGAGGGAGGGCGUCCUCUACCGUCGCUUCAGUUCCGCAGAAACUCUUGAGACACGCCGGUCGGGUAAAUUGUCACGCAAUAUAAGCGACGCAGUCGAUACGCGAUAAGCAUAAGAAAAGCACGAAAGUGCAGACAUAACAAACAUGGCGUGUAUACGAGGAUAAGUUCGUUGAACAGUGUAUAAUUUAACGGCCGGUAAUAAUACUCAAUUGACUGAUAUAUUUUAAUACCGCCGUGAAUCAAGACCGGAGGUUUAAUCGUCAUGUCUACUCCGGAUACUAUGGACACCAUCAAUGAGGCCGAACAAGCAUGGCAUGAGAUGCUGGAAUGCGAGACCGGCUCGUUGCUCGGAAGAGUCGCUGAUCUCGAAAGGCAGUCCUUGGCGCAGAGGGAUGAGAUUGUUUGUCUCCGGGCGACCCUUGCCGACGCUCUCAGACGAAUUUCUCAGCUUGAAGGACGAGAUCGUAGGGAGGAUGAGCGGAUUGACAGAAGAGGAGACAGAGCCAUAUCGUCUCCCAUUAGAAACGGUCACGUGCCUCUUAGAAGUAGUCAGAGUACGGGCUCUCAGAAGGACCUUAGAUUGAGACAAGGUGGUACCUCGUCCUUGAAAAAUAAUUCAGGUUCUACGCAUGACGUAAGGGACGGUUCGAGUCCCAAAAGACCAACGAGUUACACGCCACCUUCGCAACUUCCGCAGAGGAGGUCUGUUCAUUACCAGUCUACCGGAUCACUUCAUUCGGAUAGUCCAAGCAGCAGUAGCGUCUCCCCAGUGCCAUCUCCUAGUCCAAGAGCAACGCCUUUACCAGUAGCAAGGUCGCCGACGACGAGAGCAAACGGACCACCCCAAAGUAGUCUGAGACGUGCUAAGAGAUGGUCCUCGACUGGUGACUUUAUUCACUCGCAUCAACAGUCCCAGGGUAAUCACGCUCAGCUGGUUGGUUCCUCCAGAUUGUCAGCAUCCACCAAGUCCUUGUUCAAUCUUUUCAAGCCUCCAGUACUCAGUAACGUGAAGCACGGCACCAGAGACAUGCAGUACAACGAAGAAGAGGGUACGGUACUUAUGUACUUGAGAGGACGACCCGUAGUUCUCUACGUUCCGACCCCUGCCAUCGAGUCCUAUGAUCUGCACAAGGUCAGCACACCGCCCCAGAGUAAAUUGAAACUCGAUUGGGUUUAUGGAUACAGAGGACGAGACUGCAGGAGCAAUUUGCAUCUGUUGCCAACCGGUGAGAUCGUUUAUUUCGUCGCUGCUGCCGUUGUGCUUUAUAACAUGGAGGAACAUAGCCAAAGACACUACCUGGGUCAUACUGAUGACGUGAAGUGCAUAGCAAUUCAUCCCAAUAAGCUGUUGGUAGCUACUGGUCAGGUAGCAGGUACGGAUCGCAGGGAUUCUAUGCCACACAUCAGAAUAUGGAAUUCCGUUAGUCUCAGUACCAUGAGUGUCAUUGGCAGUGGUGAGUUUGAUGGGAGCAUCUGUUGCUUAUCCUUCUCGAAGGCUGAUGGCGGUAACUUCCUGUGCGCCAUUGACGAGACUUCCGAUCACAAUAUAUCAGUGUGGGAUUGGCAGAAGAGUGAUCGUGGGGUCAAGGUUACUGAGACCAAGUGCUCCGUCGACACGGUAGUAUGCGCAGAGUGGCAUCCGCUGGAACGAAACCAAAUAGUCUCCUGUGGGAAGGGACACGUGUCCUUCUGGUCCUUGAAUAACGGUGGGACGCUUUACAAGCGCAUGGGAGUUUUUGAGAAUCGUGACAAGCCGAGAUAUGUCACUUGCGUGGCUUUCAAUCAAAAUGGGGAUAUACUUACCGGUGACAGUAAUGGAAAUAUCAUCGUUUGGGCCAGGGGUACGAAUACUAUAUCACGGCUGGUUAGAAAUCUUCAUGAGGGCUCGAUAUUCUCUAUAUGCGUAUUGAAGAAUGGUAACGUUGUUACCGGCGGUGGUAAGGACGGUCGAAUACUUCACUUUGAUGGAAAUCUCAAUCCCACGGGAGAAGAGGCGCAGAUUGAAGAUCAUUUUGGUGGAAUCCGAACAGUCUCAGAGGGCAGGGGUUCGCAAUUGCUCGUUGGCACCACCAGAAAUUGCAUCCUGGUCGGUGAUGUGGAAAUGGGUUUCAGUCCAGCCAUGUUGGGACACACUGAAGAGGUUUGGGGUCUUGCGGCUCAUCCGACUCUACCCCAAUUUGCGACUGCAGCUCACGACAGACUUCUCCAGAUGUGGGACAGUCUCAGUCAUACUGUCGUUUGGAGUAAAGAUAUUGGGGAACAAGCCCAGAGUGUCUGCUUCUCACCGGACGGCACGGUUAUGGUUGUUGGCUGUGUUUCUGGUAAAUGGUUGGCCAUUGACAGUGAAACCAGAGAAUUGUAUACGCACCAUUCUGAUGGUUCCGAGCCCCUACAGGUCGUCAGAUUUUCACCUGAUGGAUCCUUGUUGGCUGUUGGUUCCAGGGAUAAUUAUAUUUAUAUAUAUCAAGUCAAUGAAGACGCGACCAAAUACAGUCGUGUGGGACGUUGCAUGCCAAAGCGGAUUCGGCGUCACGGAGGACAUUCUAGUUUCAUAACGCAUUUGGAUUGGUCCGUGGAUAGUCAGUAUCUACGAUCAAACAGCGGUGACUACGAAUUGCUAUACUGGAAUCCCGGAGUCUGCCGUCAAAUUCCACAAUCCUCAAUGCUAAGGGACGUCGACUGGGCAACCCACACGUGCGUUAUAUCAUUCGAAACUAUUGGAAUUUGGCCAGAGGGCGCAGACGGUACAGACGUGAACAACUGUACCCGCAGCGGGGAUGGUAAAUUAUUGGCUACCGGGGAUGAUUUUGGCAAGGUCAAACUCUUCUCAUACCCAGCCUGCCAGCCGAAGAUGAGCGCAGCAGGAUUGAAACUGUCCAUGAGAAAAAGAAUCCUCGAGAAAUCCAAGAAAGCAAAACCAAGCCGGAGCCCAGUGCGUUUACCUGAAACACAAAGACAGUCAAGAUAUCAGAAGAUACAUAAAACUAAUCUGAUAAAAACCUGUAAAACCGAGAGCGAUACCCAAGUCUCGUUAAGCUUUCCAGUGACGGAGAAAAUUCCAUAAAAUAUAUAAAAAUAAAUCAUACACACAAUUGCUUACAAUCUAGUAACAGCUAAACUCUAUAGAGCAAAUUAUCAAGACACUGUAUUAUAAUAAGAAUAAUAAUAACGGCCGCAUAGUGUUGUAUAGUUUCCAUAUAUAUAUAUAUACAUUUAUAUCUCAGCGUCAUAGAGUAGGAAACAACAACAGAAAAAAAACUUCUCCCACUAUUUUUAUCCAUUCCUUUUUUUUCCCACGUAACAGCCUACUAUACCUCGUGUCCUGUUCACCCAUUUCCGAAGGACCUUACCCAACCAUGACCAAAGUGGCUUGUGUGCCGGGGUACUAGGCUUCGUGCUACAGUACGUACAUCACAGUGCUUUUCCUCUCUACAGGGUGUUCAUCUAGGAUACGCUCCAGGUACCCGUUACGCCGGUAACUCAUGACCGAAUCACUAGUCAGGACCGGCGAGUUGGCAUCCUUCCUCUCCUACCGUAUCUUGGCCGGUAAGCACGAACGACGCGCCACGUCGGUACAAUGGCGCCCCUGGGAAUUUUCUUGGUGCGUUCAAACCAAGCGCGUUGAGUUUAUCAUGUUUUUACAUUUUUUCCAGCGCCCCCCAAACGUACAAACUUGACGACGCUCCGAUUAAACUAGAGUCUACUGUGUAUUGGCUGGUUCCAGUUGCGCUUGCUGCGCAUGCGCAACGAGAGACUCCGAUACGAUAAAUCCGUUAUCUUUAAAACGCACAGACGCUAAACACGAACAGACCAAACACUUUUAUAUAUUGCACACCCGAUAUAUUCUACGCGUAUAUGAUAGUGGCGUUCGAGAGUCCAUCGCGAAACUGACACAAACGCUAAUCGUCAGUCACGUUGAGCCAAAACAUGUGCGGUUCGAGUCUCGUCCCGUUGGGACGCCUCGGCUCUGGAUAGCAGACGGCAAAUAUUAUAAUAGGACGCUACGCCAGACUAGUUGAAAUUCAUAAAUGAUUUUUUCAUGACGCCUAAUUUAAACGACACUUUGUAUUGUUAAUUCAAAUCUUUAAACAGUCUUUACGAGUAUGCUUGACUCACGUGUUUUUUUUUUAUAUUCAAAAGACACUCUCAGCUGUUAGACAUUGUGGAUUCAUACACGGUUUCUUAAAGUUUCGUUAAAUCCGUGUGAACUCACAUUAAUUCGGUAGGUAUAUCAUUAACUAGAUAAUUAAUGGAAAGAUCUUCAACGCAGCGCAGGCAACAGGUCCGCAGACUUGGCAACGCCGGCAUUGGUUAAAAUGUAAACAACUAAGCGUACAGUCCCGCGUGAAAUUAUACGCUCUCCCCGUUGGUACAACGACUCUAAGAAGUUUUCCGCUGCUGUUUAUACUCUGUAUUGCAAGAGAACCGAGUGUAUAUAUAUAUUUUCGUAUAUUUUUCAGUCUUAUAUCCGUAUCUGUGUUUACUUAUUUAUUGUUUAUUCGAUUUUAGGCGACGAUCCAGGAACUCUGACGUUAUUCAAUUAUGAAACGACACGUGGUACAAUUCGUAAUGAAGUUUCACGAGCAUUUUAUUCCCGCCCUUUUCAAACGUCCCUCACUCAACUCGUAUAUCGCUUACCUAGAGAAAUAUAAUUCCUAGUAAGUGCUGUAUCAUCGAUAAGAACCCCUGAAAACUGUACUUACGCUAUAAAAUGUUAAUUUGAAUAAAAAAAUAAUCACAGAGCA